AGAAGAUUCCCGACCGCGACGAGAGAAGACCAAAAGUAAAGCUACCUAAAAAUUCCCCGGCCUCUCGUUCUUCGUCGAUCCAUCGCCGCGAAUCCGGAGAGAGAAGGCCAUGGGGGAGGAGGAGGACAGGGAUCCGCAGCGGCUGAAGAGGAUCGCGGUGGCGGCGUACGACUACGACAACGAUCCCCGAUGGGCGGAGUACUGGUCCAACGUCCUGAUCCCGCCCCACAUGGCCGCUCGAUCCGACGUCGUCGACCACUUCAAGCGCAAGUUCUACCAGCGGUUUAUCGAUCCUGAUCUAGUUGUGGAGGCCAUGUCUUCCACUAGUUCUUCUCAAUCAUCAAGAGCAUCAGAUGGACCUUCAUCGCAAACUACUGCUCAAAAUUUGAGGCCACAAAAUUCAGGGUCCGGUAGUGGAAGUACUGGAAGAGCUCCAUCAACAGGAAGGAACGUAAAUUCAUUGAGGCUGGAUCAACGAUCUAUACAAUUUUCUGUCAAUGCUUGGGUACUAGUUGUUGCUACACUCGGAAUGCUUCCAGUUGCGCCGAGAAAUCUUUCAAACAAGGCAUAUCGGUUGUCAUUGCUGGGUACUGCAUGUUCCUCAGUUUGUUCACUAUACACAGUCUAUGGGAAACCAAGGGCAUGGAACCUGCCUGCUAUUCAGACAUGGUUACAGACGGUCAUUGGAGCGAAGGAUUUUAUCCAUUUCAUAUAUUGUAUUACACUUAUUACAUCUAAGCUACACUUGAAGUUUGCUCUCAUACCUGUGUUUUGUUGGGCUGUUGAUCAUGUGGCCAGAUUUCUAAGGCGUAAUUUUGCACGUUCAACUUUAUACAGGAAAUACUUAGAGGAGCCUUGUAUAUGGGUGGAGGCAAAUGGAACUACAUUAAACAUCCUAAGUUCAAAUGCUGAGAUUGCUCUGGGCUUUCUUCUCAUCAUAUCUCUAUUCUCGCUGCAACGCAACAUAAUCCAAACGUUCAUAUACUGGCAGCUCCUGAAGCUCAUGUACCAUGCUCCAGUUACUGCUGGUUAUCACCAGAGCGUUUGGGCCAGGAUUGGCCGUGCCGUGAAUCCAUACAUCUACCGUUACACCCCCUUCUUGAACAGCCCCAUCUCUGCAGUCCAGAGAUGGUGGUUUAGGUAGAGGGAAGAAGAGAACGAAAUGGAUAGGAAGAGAAUGUGAAGGCAGCUUGCAAUAUUUUGCCCUCACAAAUUCUGAACGUCGUCUUUUUUGUCAGUGGAUGGAUAGCGCUGUUCUGACAGAAAACCACUCUGAUAAAUUGGAAUUCGACUUUAAUGAUUUGGCUAAGGUGCCUUCUAUUGA